GCGGCUCGGAGCGGAGGGGUAAUGGCGGCCGGGCGCUGCGGCGGGAUAACGGCGGCUGGAGAGGGCUGAGGGGAGAAACGGCGGCGAGAGGGGGAGGAGGAAGGCUCGGAGAGGAUGGGAAUCCACGGCUUGGCCAAGCUGAUCGCCGACGUGGCGCCCAGCGCCAUCCGGGAGAACGACAUCAAGUCGUACUUUGGGCGGAAGGUGGCCAUCGAUGCCUCCAUGAGCAUCUACCAGUUCCUGAUUGCCGUGCGGCAGGGCGCCGAGGUGCUGCACAACGAGGAGGGCGAGACCACCAGCCACCUGAUGGGCAUGUUCUACCGCACCAUCCGCAUGGUGGAGAACGGCAUCAAGCCCGUCUACGUGUUCGAUGGCAAACCGCCGCAGCUCAAAUCCGGGGAGCUGGCCAAGAGGACGGAGCGGCGGGCCGAGGCUGAGAAGCACCUGCAGGAGGCUCAGGAGGCCGGCGAGGAGAGCGGCAUCGAGAAGUUCAGCAAGAGGCUGGUGAAAGUGACCCAGCAGCACACCGACGAGUGCAAGAAGCUGCUGACGCUGAUGGGCAUCCCCUACGUGGAGGCGCCGGGGGAGGCGGAAGCGAGCUGUGCUACGCUGGUGAAGGCGGGGAAGGUGUACGCGGCCGCCACGGAGGACAUGGAUUGCCUGACCUUUGGGAGCCCCGUGCUGAUGCGGCACCUCACCGCCAGCGAGACAAAGAAGCUGCCCAUCCAGGAGUUCCACCUGAACCGCAUCCUGCAGGACCUGGGGCUGACCUGGGAGCAGUUUGUGGAUCUGUGCAUCCUCCUGGGCUGCGACUACUGCGAGAGCAUCCGCGGCAUCGGGCCCAAGCGGGCCGUCGAGCUCAUCAAGCAGCACAAAACCAUUGAGGAGAUCAUCCAGCACAUCGACACCAAGAAGUACCCCUUGCCUGAGAACUGGUUGCACAAAGAGGCCCAGAAGCUCUUCCUAGAGCCCGAUGUCGUCAACCCCGAUGACGUUGAGCUGAAGUGGACGGAGCCAAACGAGGAGGAGCUCGUACAGUUCAUGUGUGGGGAGAAGCAAUUCAACGAGGAGCGUAUCCGCAACGGGGUCAAGAGGCUGAGUAAGAGCCGCCAGGGCAGCACGCAGGGCCGGCUGGAUGACUUCUUCAAGGUGACGGGCUCCAUCACGUCGGCCAAGCGCAAGGAGCCCGAAACCAAGGGGUCGGCCAAGAAGAAAGCCAAGACCAACAGCGCCGCGGCCAAGUUCAAAAAGGGGAAAUAACCGGACCGGCCAAGCGCAAACCCCUAAAACAAUUAGUUUUUAUGCUCAGCUGGGAACUGUAGGCUAAUAAUAAGUAGUCGUUUUUCUGUUCUGCACGUUACUGCUGCGAGGGGUGCUGUGUGCGUUGGUGUCCGAGUCCUUCCAACAUGGCUAGGCUAGCGAGAGAGAUGCCAACCUGCUUCUGCAGCAGCUGUAAUGCCCAAGGGAGGCAAGAAGGCUGGCAGAAGGUGGUGGGUGAGGAAAGAAGGGGCUUCAGCCGUUCAGCUGCGGCAUUUGUCGGUCGGAGACUUUUGACAGUGAGGGUGCAGAAACUGGAUGUCACAGCUAGUCAAAUGCCCCUCUGGUUUAAGCAAUAAAAAGUGGGACAGCUAGAGAGCAAAGCAGGCGCCAGUUUGGAGAUUUCUCCCUCCUGCAGCUCAUCCGUGAAGAGGCCAGAUGCAAACAGCAGGGGCGGAAAAGGGAGGGGGGUGAAUAGAGGGCAGGGUGCAGUGGGGAGGAGAGUGGAAUAACGAGGUAAGUUGCUCCCUUUAGUGAGGACCUUGAGUGUAGGUUUCCUGCUGUUUUUCUGUUUGCUCUUUGUUUAAAAAAGGAAAGUAUUCUGGAUUCAGAAGAGCUGGCUUACUCUUAGUGCGUAUAAACCAAGGACAAGUUGAGCUAAACCUGCAGCACUCCAGCCCCAAUCGUCCUGCUAGGCUCUGUUUUAUGUUUAACAAGAAAAAUGGCAAUAAAACUGACCAGUCAAUAAAACUCACCCCUUGCUUUCUUGAGACAUCCUCCCAUGUUGUACACACAGGUCCCUGGAUGAGGGAAAAAAUACAAGACGCGACCUUUUUAAAUUAUUAUUUUGUUCUGUACUUUGCAUAACCUGUUACUUGUCAGAGUGACGUGCUUUUCUGUUGUUGUUUUAGUUUUUUUUUAAAGAAUAAAAUGCAUACGCAAAUA